CGCGUGCGCUUCAUUUGGUAUUUUUUGAAGUAUAAAAAGCGUCGCGAUUUUGGAAAAAGUAUGUCAGUUUUGUUUUAAUCAACCGACAGUGAGAAUCUAAUCAGCUUAAGCACACAAUGAGUCCAUUCGUUUUUGCCGCUGUUCUAUCUACCUUGGCGCUCUCUGCCAACGCUGGUAUCAUUGCCGCACCUGCGCCUUUGGCGUACGCUGCUGCUCCAGCACCUCUGGCCUACGCCGCUGCACCAGCUGCCUACGCAUCUGGUCCCAUCUACGCUCGUUACGCCGCCCCCGCUCCAUUGGUUGCCGCCGCUCCAGCUCCAUUGGCUGCUGCCGCACCCAUUGUGAAACCAGUCGUUGCCAGAACUUAUGCCGCCGCACCAGCACCACUCCUUGCCCCAAGAGCUUUGGCUGCACCAAUUGCCGCUCCAUUGGCCGCCCCAGCACCACUUGUUGCCGCUCCAGCUCCCGUUGUUGCCGCCCCAGCGCCCGUAGUUGCCGCUAGAGCUUUGGCCGCACCAGUUGCCGCUCCAGUUGCUGUCGCCUCCGACAUUGUUGACCCACACCCACAAUACACCUACGCUUACAAUGUACAAGAUGCUUUGACCGGUGACUCCAAGACCCAAGAGGAGACCCGUGAUGGUGACAUCGUUCGUGGCUCAUACUCGCUCAUCGAACCCGAUGGUUCCCGUCGUAUUGUCAACUACUACGCUGAUCCCAUUAACGGUUUCAACGCUGUCGUCCAAAAGGAUGUGCCAGUCGCCGCUGUUGCUCCCGUCGUCGCCGCCAAGGCAGUCGCUGCCCCAGUUGUGGCCGCUCCAGUCGCACCCGUCGUUGCCGCCAAAACCCUUGCCGCUCCAAUUGUUGUCUAAACAAAAGGAAACCGCUUGGAAGAUUGACCAUUGACCCCGUAGAUAACCAACGUACCGACACACUCUUGUCCGAAAUGUCAGCUAUUUGUUGAGUUGCUUGCCUUGCUGGUGGACUUGGGAGCGCUGUGCGCGCCAAACUAUUGGUAGAACAAUGCAAUUCAACGGAGGACAUCCAUUUGUAAAUAAACUAGAAAAACUCAUUGUCUUUGUUGAAAACUUUCAUCGUUAAUAAAAAAACUGUUAAAACAAAAAUUUAAU